GGGGGAGUGAACCUCUUGAGAGUCUGAUUGAUUCUUUUGCUGACUGGCGACUCUCUGACCCACCUGUCCAUACUGACAGUCCGAAAAUGGCCAAGCUAACUUCAUCGCAAUGGCGGGCCUUGUUAGAUGCAGCCAGUGAUGCUGAGAAACCCCAUCUGCAAGCACUCUUAGAUGGUGCAAUAAAACGGGAACAGGAGUCAGAGAAGGAGAGGAAGGAGACCUUGCUGAGAAGGCAAGUAGCUCUCCUAGAGACUGUUCCCUCACUGACUGAACAGCAGUGCGGGGAACAAUUGCAGUCCAUACUUACAACCUUUGUUCAGGUCCGGAAUCUCGAGGACCAUACCACUCAGAUCGCUGAAGUCUUUGCAAAGCUGCAGACUCUUCAGGAUGGUCUGACUGAUAUGACCCGCAAGUACCAUGACUUGACAAAGGAGGUGGCUGACCUGCGACAAGCCCAAGUGGCCAACCCUCUUCCUCUACCCCCUGGAUCUGAAGCUGCAAUCGAAACUACCUCUGCCCCUCUUACUGUAUCCUCUUCUACCUCUUCUUCGAGUGUGAUGGCAACCCCCUCAGGACCUGCAGCAGGUGCAGAUUCCACUGUUGCUCUAACAAGCAAUGAGGUUGGAUCUUCUGCAAUUGUUGUAGCCCCAAGGCCGGAACCAGCUGCUGCUGGUCCCAGCUACGCCAGUCCCUACGUGGACCGGAUGACGGUACAAAUGCCGUCCAAGUACGACAGCAAGGAUGACAUCGAGUUCUGGAUCGACUCCAUGAGGGCCUACUUUGAGAUCCUGGGAACUCAACCUGAGAACCAGGCGGUAAUCAUGGGAAUGAAUGUCGAGCCAGUCGUACGGGGCUUCCUAGAAGUCCAAGCAACACGGGCUGGGUUUCCAAAGGCUGCACUAGCCAAAUGGCUAAGGGCCACCCCGGUUGCCUCCCUCGAAGAGCUCCUUAUCUCUGAAUAUCAAGAUCCACAGGUUGCUGCUAAAGCGAGGAUUCAACUAGACAAAGUAAAGCACAACAAGUGGAAUGGCUCCAUGAAAAGCCUACAGACCUAUCUAAGCAAGUUGUUUGCCACUCCUGGUUUGGAACUGUCCACUCAAUCUUGCUUGGAUGUGGUUAAGGGCGCGGUUCCAACUAACUUUACAUGUCGCCUGGGCAGGGACUACAUUGCAUACACUGACUGGCUCGCCUUAAUGAAGGACGUAGUCAGUCUGGAGGCUAUGAACCUCGUUAGCACAGCAGGCAGCAAAAAGCCCAUGGGCGGCAGACGGUUCAAGGGCAGCAACCGUUUUGCUGUGCAUGACCUGCUGGAGGCCGAAGAAGAAGCCCAUGUGGGUGACCCCACUCUUGGUGACGACCAAGAACAGGACUCCGAUACAGCUUGCGGGUGCAAGGUCUUCUCCAAGAUUGAUCUCAAGUCUGGCUACCACCAGAUUGAAGUCGAUCCUGCGGACCGGCACAAGACUGCGUUCAAAACUGACGACGGGCUUUAUGAGUUUACCGUAAUGCCCUUCGGUCUCACGAACGCACCAGCCACUUUCCAAAGCGUCAUGGAUAAGGUCCUCCACGAACAGAUUGGCCGGUUCGUGGUAGUGUACCUGGACGAUAUUCUGAUUUUCAGCAAGUCCAUGGAGGAACACCUCAAGCAUCUUGAGGAGGUGCUCGCUAUCCUCAAGAAGACGCAGCUCCAUCUCAACUUGGAGAAAUCUGAGUUUGGGAAGGAUAGUGUCAUCUAUCUUGGGCACCGGUUGUCUGCUGCAUGCCUGGAGCCUGAGGCAACCAAGAUUGAGGUCAUACGCGAUUGGCCUCAGCCUGUGAACAUUCGUGAAUUGCGUUCUUUCCUUGGUCUCGCGUCCUACUAUCGUUGUGCAGCGUCCAUGUACGAUGCCUCAUUUUCACUGUUUCGAUUUGGUGUGGUUGCUGUUUGCCGUGUGACAGUCACCAACACAGUGUAUGCUCCCUCGGCACCCAGUGCAGUGGGAACGCCGGUUCCACCCAGCUAUGUGCCUCCCAGUACGAGUCUUAACCUUCAAGAGUUCUCGUAUGAAGAAAUGAACACUGCCACCAGAGGAUUCAGCGUGCUGCUCGGAAAAGGCGGUUAUGGGCCUGUAUAUAAGGCUGCCCUUGCUGAUGGCACUCAGGCAGCUGUGAAAAGGCAGAUGAAAACAAACGGUGACAAGGAGUUCCAAACAGAGAUACAGCUCUUAGGUCGUCUUCGUCACAAAAAGCUUGUGAACUUGAUCGGCUUCUGCUCAGAUGAAAACGAGAAGAUGUUGGUCUAUGAAUACAAAUCCAAGGGAAGCCUCUCGAAGAUCCUUUACGGGAAGAGGAUGAAGCGUCGAAAAGAGUUCCUUCCGUGGCGUACACGUAUCAACAUCCUAUUGGAUAUAGCUGAAGGAAUUGAUUAUCUUCAUAAUCAUGCAAAUCCUCCAGUAAUUCACAGGGACAUAAAGUCAUCCAACAUUUUGUUGGAUGAUCAGUUUAAUGCUUUCAUUGCAGAUUUUGGAAUCGGGAAAGACGGUUUGAAAUCCUCCGUGAUCUUCGGUACCGGCGGACAGACAACAGCUGUUAAGGGCACAGCAGGUAAAAGACGAGAACUCACCACCCACUAACCUCACCAGUGCACCUGUUUUAUUUUAUUUUAUUUUAUUUUUAUUUUUUAAUAGCUUUUUCUUCUGUUCUGGGAGCAACAGUCCGGUUCGUUUUCCACCGGCAACGGCGGCAAGUCAAAAAUGAAUACAACUCAUUGACACGCAUCCCCUCGUUUCUGAGGAAAACACAGACGAAUGAAGAAUAAUGACUUCGCCAACCCUGUGGUAUUUGUCUCUGACACUAAAUGUCAUGGAAGGAUUAAGUACUAAAUUAUCUAAAUACAAAUUUAGUAAAAAAAUUAAGUAAAAUUUCAUGGAAGGAUUAAGUACUAAAUAGUAAAUAGUAAAUACCAAUUUAGUAA